AUGUCCACUAAAACCCACACUCCCCCAAAAACCCAACACAAAUACACCUACACCCACUACCCCCCAUCCCCCCAAGAAAACAGAAACAACCCCAAACCAACAAUCCUCCUCCUGCAUGGCUUCCCCUCAACAUCCUACGACUGGCGUCACCAAAUACCCUACCUCUCAUCGCUCGGCUACGGGGUCAUCGCCCCGGACCUCCUCGGCUAUGGCGGCACAAGCAAACCCACUAACCUCGCCGCAUAUAAAAGCAAAUCCAUGGCCGCGGAGAUAAUCUCCAUCCUGGACGCUGAGGGGAUCGAUAAAGUCCACGCCGUGGGACAUGAUACAGGAUGCACGCUUUUGUCUCGAUUGGCGGAUUACUUUCCGGAGAGGUUGCUGUCGUGUGUGUUUUUGGAUGUUCCGUAUAUGAGGCCUGGGGAGAGAUUUGAUUUGGAUAUGGUUAAUAGGGUUACGAGGGAUAUAUUGGGGUUUGAGAGGUUUGGGUAUGUGGGGUUUUUUGCUGGGAAGGGGAGUGGAGUAUUACUUGAUCGGUUUGCUGAUUCAUUCUUCACCCUCUUCUACCCCCACUCACCCUCACUAUGGAUCUCGCACCUCUGCCCAACAGGAGCAAUAGAGCAAUGGCUUCUAUCCGAUAACCGAGCCCCAUUAGCUCCCUACAUCACUGAAGAAGAAUUGAAAACCCACCAAAAACUCCUAGUCGGUAACCACGAUUCAGCACUGAAUUGGUACCGGGCUCUGGUCUCAAAUAUUAACCUGGAAGAUGAGAAAGAAUCACAAAUUACCCCUGCGCUAUCUAUGCCGGUUCUCUUAACUUGUCCGAAGAAGUCGGAGUUGGAGAUGCCCGGUCUAGAAGAGGGGAUGAGGGCUGUAUGUGCUGGCGAUUUGGUGGUGAGGAGGGUUUCGACGGAGGGGCAUUGGGUUCAGUUGGAGGCGAGGGAGGAGGUGAAUCGGUUCCUUGAGGAGUUUUUUGAGGGGAUCGGUGUUUAG